AUGUCUGUGAUCUGUUUCGUGUGCAACUUGCCCAUCCUGAGCCAUCAGGUGGGACUGCUAUGGGAGGGAGGCAAUGGCUGGGAUGACAUUCAAAGUGACGACUCGGCGCCCAGAGUCCCACGGACUGGGCGCCGGGAUUCGUCGGCCCAGAUUACAACCAUUGAUCCUCCGACGGAGGUACAGGAAACAUCCCCUCCCACUUCUCGAAGGAGAAGGUCGUCUAUUGCUCAAUUAACGGAUAUUUUGCGCGACUGGGGUCGUCGUGACACAGAGAAUCGGUCGACGGGAACCUCAACAUCGAGCAGCAGCCUGGCCCGUAGGGAGAGCAGAGAGAGUAGAGUUCACCGAGACUCUUUGGCCGAGAUCGCCAAGUCUUUGCCUUGGGGAGGCCGACGAGACUCUACCGCCACAACCGACGUGCCAAAGAUCAAAAUGCGUCGGGAGUCAUCAACCGACUGCAAAAAACGGAGACAAAGUGGAACUGAUAUCAGGAGCGACAUUGCAAAGCUUUUUACAAAGCGUGAGAGUGUUGGCGAUAUUAUUCGCAGGCGAAGAGAUUCAAUAGAACAGGAGAAGAAGGAGCGGAGGGAUUCGACCACUCAAGUGUAUACGAGACAUGCUCGGACGUUUGAAAAAACAGUGUCACCUGACAUAGCGUCUCCGAGAAUUAUUUCGCCAGAGCCUCGGGAGAGGGAUUUGGUCCCCAGAACUAUGGUUAUUACUCAAGCGUCAGCUGAGUCAGGGGUGUCGUUGGUCUCGCAGUUGUCUGGUGCAGCCCCUGAUGUUGUCGAGCCAACAAUUGUUGAGCCUCGAUCACCCAUAACUUCACCAGUGCCUACUUCACCAACUCCCACAUGGAGUCGACGUGAUUCGCAAAUGUCUCGUGGCAGGAGAGAUUCUCGUCCUCAAGCAUCGCCCGAUCGCGGUUCGGCGAGAGGAAGUCGGGAGCCUUCUCCUAAAUACCGCAGUCUCAGACGACAGUCUACGGCCAUUGAAGAAGGACCAAUUCAGUGCCCACGUCGGGACUCUAGACCUUUUCUUUUGCCUGACGCUUCGGAGCCGGAAGGUAUGCCGCGAAAGAAUCGUCGUGAUUCGUUGUCACCUGAUUCAGCAGCGGCUGAGAACAUCGCAAUAAGCAGGAAAACUCGUCGCGAUUCGCGGCCUCGUUUGUCUCCGGAACCGAGCGAUCCCAACUCCCGUGAAACUUCACCCCGCACAAAUUUGAGGCGACAGUCAACCACCGCCAUCGAGUACGCGGGUCGUGGUAGAAGAUCCUCGAGGUCUCCACGAUCUCCCGACUCUUCUUCGACGUGUUCAUCCCGUGAACACUCUCCUAAGGAACGACGUUUGCGCAGACAGUCUACAACCGAAGAAAUUCUCAAGUCAACUGGAUUUAGACGACAGUCGACCACAGAAGACAUCAUGAGAGCCCGCAACUUCAGAAGGCAGAGCACACAGAGCGAGGAGAUGUCAAAGACUCGAGGACGUCGCGACUCCUGUGCCCAGAUCACCGACGGAACCUUGGCUACCAUGACCAUCGAGACGUCGUGCGCUUUCUUCGACACCUCCACUCAGACAGAAGGCUCCCUAUACGACAACAACAACUACCACGAAGAGUGUCUUCGGUGCAACUCGUGUGGCAUCAACCUGACGGGACCGAACCAGAAGCGGGCGCGUCGCUACAAAAACCACUUCUUGUGCGACCUGCACUUCGCCGAUGUGGCCCUCAUGGAGACCUCGGACUUCCUGCAUCAGCUUCGGUCCUUCAAGCCCCAGAGUCUCGGAUGCGCCGUCGCCAGAAGAAAGUCCUCCACGACCCUCAUCUUCCCUCUGCCCCCGCAGGCCUGUGCCGACGAGUUCUGCUCGGGCUACCCCCACAACCUGAUCCCCACCCCGGGCUACUGGAUUGAGUGUUCCGGCCAUGCGCUGCCCGACGACACCAUUUGGGACGAGUCCGAGCCCGAGAGUGGCGACUACGAGGUCGCGUCAUGCCACUCCGACCAGCCCGACCAUAUGGACCAGAAUGUCCAGGUUUACCCCGGAGGUCAAGUCCCACUCAUCAACGAGCCAUCGAAACAAAAGACGUCGAUCCAGGAGCAGUGGGAGCGCAACGGGCAGUUCGAGCUCACUAGCAUUGAGCAGGAGACUUACGAGCGUUACUUCUACGGCAGUGAACAUUGGAACUAUUUUACCCAGGACGAUGACUUAGGUCCUGUCAUACUCUCCCUCAAGCAGGAGACCACCAACGGCAGGGACCAGUUUAGGAUCAUGGUUCGUGGCAUCUCAUACACGGUGCACGGUAUGGUGCCGGCGUCGUGCGUGUUUGCGGACCGGUAACAUAGACAAGAAAAUAGAGC